UUGAAAUCUGCAGUGAGUUAGGUCUGUCAGUCAGUGAAGGGUUAAACUGGGAGUUUGCAGCAGUCUCUCCUUUCUGUCCACGGCAUUUAGCGGAAAACAUCUGACUCCUGCUCGUUUUCCGAGGCUGUGUUUGGUUUUCAGUCAUUUUUUGCGCCGGAGCCGCGAAGGCAUCACGGGAACAGAAAGCAGUGUUUCUACAGCGGGAUUUAAACGCCUAACUGCGCGCUUUCUAACAGACAAAAACAACGAGAAAAGCAUGUGUGGGUGUUAAGAGUCAUCUGUUCGGUUGACCUCGCUGCCCCUGAACACGGAGCUGCCGUCUGCUUUACCCCCGCCUUUCCACUCGUCCAGUGAGGCUCACUCCACACCAUGUCUGCAGAGGUGGAGAACAGCGUCCCCGUUGCUGCCGAUCCCAACAUCGCAUCCCCAUCUACAGCCACGACCUCAAACACCCCUCCCACCUCCCCUGCCACGUCCAAGGUCCCAUUCAAGAAAGAGAAGAAGAGAGUUCCAGAGAAGACAGAUGAAUACCUGCUGGGCAGGUUUCAGGGGGAUGGCGUGAGGUACAAGGCCAAGCUGAUUGGCGUCGAUGAUGUCCCAGAGGCCAGAGGAGACAAGAUGUGUCAGGACUCCAUGAUGAAGCUGAAGGGUAUGGCAGUAGCUGCUCGGUCCCAAGGCAAACACAAACAGAGGAUCUGGGUCAACAUUUCCAUGUCGGGCAUCAAGAUCAUUGAUGAGAGAUCAGGAGUGAUUGAACAUGAGCAUGUGGUGAAUAAGAUCUCCUUCAUCGCCAGAGAUGUAACAGAUAACAGGGCGUUUGGAUAUGUGUGCGGAGCAGAAGGGCAGCAUCAGUUUUUCGCCAUAAAGACUGGACAACAGGCAGAGCCCCUGGUCAUUGAUCUGAAAGAUCUCUUCCAGGUCAUCUUCAACAUAAGGAAGAAAGAGACAGAGGCCUCACAGAAGGGUGAAAAUGGCAGCGCUGUAGUUGAGAAUGGAAGUGGUGCCCUGCUAAGUAUGGAUGGUGAAGUGAAAACUGCCCAACCAGUGGAGCAGCUUGACCUUUUUGGAGACAUGUCGACCCCCCCAGACAUUCAGGCUCCAAAUGACUCUAAUGAUAUUCUCUUGUUGGACUUCUCUGCUGAAGUUGACAGCAAUCAGAAUUGCAUAAAGGGAAACUCCUUUGUAACUUCCUGUGCCCCUGACCGUAGGGCAUCUCCCCAGACAGAGAAUCCUUUUUCCUCAACAUUUGGCUACUUUCCAACCCCAGACACUGACCCUUUCAGAGAUGACCCCCUUUCUCAAUCAUCCACUCUGUCAGCACCUGAUAAUUCACACAUCUCCCUCACCAACACUAAUCACCUAAACAGCACUGCUGGCAACACGAGUAAGACAAUUAUUAACAGUGGUUUGAAUGGAGACUCUGAACACCUAAGUCAGCAGAUAAAUGGGUUAUCUAGUAAGACCAUGAUCCUAGCUCUCAGUAACGGACAGUGGCCACUAGGGGGCAAAAUAACUCAGGGCAACACAAUUACCAUGAUGGACGGGAAUGAAUCUGGACCAGUUCUCUCAACCAAAAACCCAUUUUUUGACUCACCUUUGAGUACUGUCCCUGUCUCUAAUGGCAUAACUCAUCACCAACAACCCCCAGUGACUCAUAGCAAGGAUUCAGUAGUCAUAAACCCCCCUCCGCAGAGCUCUAAGGCUGGACGAGGUCGAAGGAGUGCAAAGUCCACAGCAAGUGACCUGUUUGGAGCAGAGCUGUUCGCUGCUCCUGGUCAGUCUGAAGGGCCAUCUGCUUCAGCUGACCUCUUCAACAGUACACCUGCCAACUCCACUCCCUCCUCCAUAGCUGCUCUGGGGAAUCUUCAGUUAGGUCCUCCAGCCACCACAAGUAUCCCUGCUGCAGGCAUGUGGGGAGCCUCCACCCCUGCACCCUCCAUGUUCCCCAUGCCAGGGGGGGCAGCUCCAGGCACUACGCUAGGCUACCCACAGCCAUCUGCCUUUGGUGGUCUACCCAUACCACCCACAGCCUGGGGCCACCAGAUGCCAUCUCAGUUUCCUGUCCCGCCUUUAUCCCCACCCCACAUCUUCUGCCAGCCUCCACCAGGUGCACCAGUCAGUCCUGCAGGCUGGGGUCAGCCUGCGAUGACCAACCCUUUCCACCCUGCCGCGUUCCCUGGAAUGGGUGACCAGCAAGGUCCGUCACGCCCCCCUCCUAGACCACCUGCUAAGGAGGCCCAUCCAAAGGUAGAGAACAGUGCCUUCACAGCUUUGGACCCCCUUGGAGAUAAAGAGAAGAAGACUGGAAAGGACAUGUUCAAGGACUUCCAGCUUGCCAAACCACCUGCCAUCCCAGCAAGGAAAGGGGAGCAAGUGUCCAACUCUGGUCCAGUCCCCAGCAGCAACGAAGCCGGAGCAUUUGAUCAGUACUUUUCAAAUAAAGUGGGCCUGGCUCAGGAAACUGCAGAUCAUGAUGACUUUGUUAUCAAUCAAAUAUCAGCAGUUAACGAUGUUCCUAAACCAGCUAACCCUGCUCCAGCUGCACCCCCAAGCUUUAACCCUGGCCUCCUCGACGCCGCCUUCUCUUCUGCUCCCAACGCAAACAAUCAGGACAUGUUUGAUCAAGCAUUUGGGGCCCCAGAUUCCAGUCCAUUUGGAGUGCCACCUGUAGCUACGCAGACUGCCCCUGUUGGUCAGACUUCUGGUUCAACAGCCGCUUUUGGAGAUCCUUUUGGAAAUCCCUUUGCUUGACCUUAAUUGAAAUGGAGUAAAUUGAGCAAAUGGAGAUCUUCACAUCAAACAACAUCUUUGGGAUGAGCUGCUACAGUGUGCGCAAGACAAUCCAGAUUAUGAACUCUUCUAACUCUUGUCCCUGACCCACCCUUCUUUUACACUUCCACCUCUGAUGUUGUUGUUUUUUGUCCAAUCAGUAGUUCCCUUAUUUCUAAAGACCACUGAUCUAAGAAGUAAAUGUUAUGUCAUGAUCUGCUGAAGAAAGAAAUGUGGUGUGUGAGAGAAGGCACGUCCAAAGAGGUUCACUGCUGAUGCUGUCUGUGUUAAAGAAAUAAAAUAAUUCAGUUAUAACCCUC